GGCUCAAAUAUUCUUCAAUGUGUUUUAUAGCCUUCAAACAUUUUAUGAAGAAAGGGACAAAGUCUAGCAAAAGAAAUGUCGCUACCAAAUCAAUUGAUGGGAACCAGGCGAAUAAAAGUUUGUGCUAAUUUCUGUGCACACAAGUUAAUUUUCAGUGAUAAAUAUAAGAUGGUGAUUUUUUGGGUGGGAUAACUUGAUGAUUUGAGCAACAGAAGCUAACUGGCAAUGAAUUGUGCAAAAAUGGCAAUGGGUUUGAAUGCCAUCAUUAUCCUCAACAUUUUACUCAUCAUCAUACUCUUUCAGCCUGCAUUCAGCAUUGAGCAUCUGCUGGCACACAAAUUCAAUGGCUCUCCAAAAGAAUACAUUGAAGUGAGCAAGCCUUUAUUCCAGCAUCCUCCUCGCAAGAAGCCCUGCUCUGUACAGGUUCUCAAACAUGAUUUUGGCAACACCUAUGGUCAACCACCUGUGAAAGUUCCUUACAACCCACCUACAAAGUGCCCUCACAAUUGGGACAAAGUGGUUCUUCAAUGGAGGGCCACUUGCAAAGGGGAACAAUAUGACAGAAUUGCUGGAGUAUGGCUGAGUGGUGCCGAGAUACUUAGAACAAGCACUGCUGAGCCUACUGAAUCGGGGAUUGUUUGGGAAGUUAACAAAGAUAUAACCAGGUACACUUCAUUGCUUAAAAAGCCUCAGUUUCUUGCAGUCAUGUUAGAAAAUUUGGUUGAUAGCACCUUCACUGGUAUUUACCACGUCACUAUUAGUUUCCAUUAUUAUCAAAUUGACGAUGCCCAAAUGCAACCAUCCCAUGAACCAGCGGAUCUGGUGCUACCCAUCUCAAAUCCGUUUGGCAAUGGGGGGCACUGGUUUAAGCUACAGAACACCUACGAUGUCCAGUCACAGGAAUUGAAUAUACCAUCAAAUGUUUAUAGGGCUGUUAUUGAAAUCUAUGUGUCUGCUCAUGUGAAUGAUGAGUUUUGGUACUCAAAUCCCCCCGAUGCUUACAUAGAGAUCAACAAUUUGACCACCAAGAGGGGCAAUGGAGCAUUUAGAGAAAUUGUGGGUUUUAUAGAUGGGGUUGUUGUGGGGGCUGUAUGGCCUUUUCCUGUUGUGUUUACAGGGGGCAUCAAUCCUCUCUUUUGGGCACCUGUUGUGGGCAUUGGGGCUUUCGAUCUUCCAACAUAUGACCUUGAGGUUACCCCCUUUGUAGGGCAGUUGUUGGAUGGGGAACAUCACACUUUUGGCCUUGGAGUAACUGAUGCUAUUGCUGCUUGGUUUGUGGAUGCAAAUUUGCACCUGUGGUUGGAUGAGAAGAGCACAAAGACUAAGGGGAUGUUGAUGGAUUAUGAAGCACCUUCUUUCCAACCUAUUUUAGUAUCAAAUUUUGAAGGUUUGGACGGGUCAUUUGAGACACAUGGUGAGAGAAAGAUAGCUUUCUCUGGAUGGGUGGAAUCAACAAAGGGGAACUUGACAACUCACGUCUCUCAAACAUUUAAAUAUUCUAAUGUGAUUACUUAUGAAAACAAGGGGGAGGAUAAAAAGGUGAGAUUGAAAAUACAGACAAACAGGAAGCUAACAAUUGAGACACCUUCAGAAUUAGUAUUGUCUCAUAAGAUGUCAAGAUUAUAUCCUUUCUUUAUGAAUUCCGUUUCAUUGGACAAAGAGAACGGUACCUAUCUUGCAACAACAAACAUUUCUCAUGCAUUCAUUGAGGAGACAUCCAAUUCUUUACCCAGUGGUACCUCAUUCACCUCUCUAAACAAUUCUCAAUAUGCACAGGGCUCAAUGCUCGUUAAGGAUCAUUCUGUACUUAGUGGGACGGCAAGCACCCAGCAGAUAUACAAGUACAGGGGAAGACAUGGAUGCUAUUUCCGAACUCUCAACGUCAAGGAUUAUAAAUUCAUCAAAGACUAUUCUGAUAACUUUUGUAACUACUAUUCAUAGUCUUGUGAUCACUUGUUCACUGCAGUGAAUUGGUCAUGUUUUCUUAUAAUUUCCACUGGUGCUAAGUGAUUACUCUUUUGGUGGACCAAUCUUUCGGAAGAUAACAACUGACCUUUCUGUAUUAUUAUAUUUGCAUUUUUCCUGCUAUAAAUAAAUGGAAUCAAAAGUGGUGAUUACAGAUCCA